AUGGCGGGGACAGCGGUGCGCACCCGCUGCUUGAAUCCGCCGCGCCCCGCCCCCGCAGCAUCGCUGACCUAUCGGAGGCCGUUUCGUCAUUCGGGGGCGGGGCCGGGCGCGUUCCCGCCCUCUCCUGGCCAAUCCGAGGCCGCGCUGUGGCGGGGGCGUGGUUUGGCAGCUUCCCAGCUAGAAGCAGGUCAGCAAGGUCACAGCACUGUCCCCAAAAACAGGCAGCUUCUGCAAGCUGCUGACAUCACCGAGGUGUCACCUGGCACCGAGUGUGAGACAGAGACGCUCCAGCCACUGUUCCGCACUUGCCCAUGUAAAAGCCAGGCUCGGUUUCCAGCUGGGCGCUCUGCCAAGGGCUCAGAGGGCAUCAGCUGCCCGAGCAGGUGUAGCUGUCAGUACCUGGAGGUGAACUGCACCGGGCAGCAGUUGCAGGAGUUCCCUCUGGACAUCCCUCUGGACACCAGGCAGCUGAUUCUGGCAGCAAACAAUGUCUCGUACCUGCCGGCAGUGGAAUUGAGCUUCCUGGCUGAUUUGGUCUAUCUGGACUGCAGAAAGAACCUCUUGGGGGACGACCUGGAUUUCACUUUCAUUGGCGUGGCCAAGCUUGUCUAUCUGGACCUCAGCUUCAACAACCUCACACAGGUCACCUUCAGCACCUUCUCCCACCUCCUCAGCCUGGUGGUGCUGAAGAUCUCAGACAAUCCCAACCUUGUGGCCAUCGAGAAGGAUGCUUUUGCCAACAACACCUGGCUGAGGCACCUGGAUGUGAGCCGGACAGGCUUAACCUUCCUGGACACCAGCACCAUGCGGGACUUGCCCAACCUGAGGCUUCUGGGGCUCAGUGACAACCUGUGGCACUGCAACUGCUCCUUUUUGGACUUCAUCACCUGGAUGAUGGAGAGCGAUGUGCAUUUUCCAGAUGCUGACAACAUCACCUGCUACACCCCAGCAGGCCUGCGUGCCCUGAGGAUGCCGGCAGCAGAGGCACAGCUCCACUCCAGCUGCCUGACCCAGCUGCACAAGCAGGAUUAUGUCUUUCUGUGCCUCGUUGGCUUCUGCAUAUUCCUUGCUGGCACCACAGCAGCCUGGCUGGCCGGCAUCUGUGCUGUCAUCUACGAGGCACAUGCCUCAAAGGGAGAGGAAGAGGAGGAGGAGGAGGAAGACACAGCCACUUAGGAUCAGCCCUUCUGAGCUCCCAUUGUGGGAACUAAAGGCAGGCCCUUCCUGCCUGA